AUGAAGAAGGAGAAAAUAAAGAAUUCUUCUAAAGAAGAUAGUGAAACUGAAACUAAACAAGAAAAUGAUUUUAAAGAUUCAUUAUCUAUAAGAGAUACUGGACUACUUGAUGAUAUAGAAUUAGAAGAUAGUGAUAUUGAAGAAGAAACAAUUUUAAGCUUUAAAAAUACUAAAACAUAUACUCAACCUAAUUCCAAAUAUAUACUAUACUCUAUAUUAUCAAAUACUUUUAAAGAUUCUUUUAACUUGACAAUUCAAUGGACAUUAUAUAAAGCUAAAGAUGCUAUGUCAUUUAAAAAAACAAUUAUACAAUUUGUUGUAUGUGAAAAAUACUAUUUUUUAACUAAUUUAGAAAGUAUAUCUAAUAAUUCACAAGCAAGUUGUAGUGAAUCUACUUUAUUGCAACGACCUGGUUUUAAAAAAUUGUUAGAAUCUUGUUAUGAAAGAGAAAACAUUUUAUCUGAUAUUUUUUCUGAUCUUUAUGACGGACAAGUAUGGAAAACUUUUAAAAAUAAUCAAAAAAAACUUUUUUUUCAAAAAUUUUUACACAAAACUAAUAUUGGCUUUGCAAUUAAUAUUAACUGGUUUAAAGUUACUAAACAUACAAUUUAUUCAAUUGCUGGCAUUUAUUUAACUAUUUUAAAUCUGCCAUGUUAUUUAAGAUAUAAAAAAGAAAACACAAUUUUUAUUAGUCUUAUUCCUGGACCAAAGAAACCACCUACAGAAAAAAUUAAUUUAUAUUUGGAUCUAUUAGUUGAUGAGCUUAAACAAUUAUGGGCCGGUCAAUCAUUUGCAACUAUAAAAUACCCAGCUGGAAGAAUGUACUAUAGAGCUUUAAUUUUAGUUUCAUGUGAUACACUAGCAAGAAAUAAAAUUUGUGGAUUUUCCAGCCAUUCUUCUAAACAUGCAUAUUUUAAAUGUAAAAAAAUUUUUAAAACUAAUAAUACUUCAGAUCAAUCAAACAUUGAUAAUUAUUCUUUACAAAAUAUUAAAGAACAUAAAAUAAUAGCUAGAAAUGGAAAUAUUCUAUAUCUAGUGAGCAUAAAUAGUUGUUUGAUCAAUAUGGUAUUCGAUACUUGUAAAAUGAUAAAAAUUUGGACAAUAGAAACUGAAUUAAUUUCAAAAAAUCAGCUUAUUAAUAUUCAAAAUAUUGUUAAUAAUAGCCUACCACCUGCUAGUAUUGAAAGAAUUCCAUAUAAAAUAGCAUCUAGCUUUUUAGGAUUUAUAUCUGAUCAGUGGAAAACAUGGACUUUAAUAUAUUCAACAAUGGCUUUAAGAGAUAUUUAA